AUGGAAUUCCAAGACAUUGGAGAUUUUACUACAAACGACAUACCGGUAUCCUUGGAAUCAGAAAUAGCUGCAUUCAAUCAAAAUAAUCCACUUCAAAAUAGGGAAAAGCCGUUCGAAGAAAGUAAAAAAAAUUCAUCCAUGUCAUUCAAUCAAGAAUUAUUAAGUCAAGCUCAAUCUCCUACAAUCAAUUCCUUUAACAUUAACCAACCUUUCCAGAGCUCUUCCAGCGGAUUGAACUCAACACCAACUGCUGUCAAUCAUACGGAAACGAAUAAUAAUACUUUUAAACCUACUUUGAAUGACAUAAGCCAAAAUGGGUACGCUACAAAUGAAUCAUCUGUAUCAGCAAUAACACAGCUUGAUCAUACAAAUGGAAGCUUCAGAAAUUUUGGUCCAGAUUUAAAAACUGAUGAUUUAGAGGAAUUUAUAAAAUCUUUAAGUCCGGAUAAUAAUUUAACUAAUUCUCAAUCCAAUAUCGAUGAAGCCAAUAAUGGACAAUAUCAGGAUAUGUUUGCAAAGGAUAGAUCUCCAAUAACUGAUACAAAUACCAACGAUGCUGCGGGUAAUAUGGAUGAUUUCUUGACAAACUUAAACUCUCCUACGGUAACUAUACCUUAUCAAAACGAUAGUAACAGUAUUAAUAAUAAUAACAACAAUACUAAUGUUGCACCACUAACCGCCACAAGAACUGCAUCAAAUAGUAUAUCAACGGAGGAUUUUGCUUCACCCACAAGUGCAUUAUCUCCCUUGGUUAAUAAUAACGUUAAUUCGAAUGUUGUGUCACAUUCUAAUAGCGUUACGAAAUUCCAAAACAACAACGCUAAUAGUAAUUUAAUUAGUACACCUUUAUCGCCCAAUUCAAAUGAUACUCUUACGGCACCAAUGGCUCCUGGCUCCAAUAUUGAUAAUUUUUACAACGCCAAUCAAUUAAAUUCGUUAUUAGAGGACAGUAACAUUGAUCCAACUUCAACCUCAAAUUCUACCUCUCUAUUAGAUAAUGCUACCUCUAAUAAUGAAGAUGAAUUUGAUGAAUUUAAUACUUUCGAUUUUGACAGGAGACAUAGUACGAUAGUUUCCAACAGAUAUCCAUAUUCGAAUACACCCGCAACUGCAGCAAGCAGGAAUUCUAUUUCACAUUCUAUUGAUUUUUGGAAUUUACCAAAUUCAAGAAAUUCAAAUAAUAAUAAAUUGAGAAAGUCCAUGUCAUCAACAACAUCUCCGUCAAGUACAACGAUGCCCACUCAAUUCAAUGUUGAUAAUGACAUAUCUCAAACAUUAAAUGGUUAUAACAUCAACUUCGCCCUAAAUCAAACAACAAAUCCUUCAGUCAAUGAUCAAAAUCCAGGAAGUCCAAACAGUUUUAACAUAUCCCAGUCGAAUCAACUAAUGCAUUCUCAAAAACCUCAACUACAGAGAAUAUCCACGUACAACACUAUACAUCAAUCCCCAACACACUUCACUCAACAAAAUUCCCAACAGCAACAACAACAGAAUCAAAGAAGGUACAGUAUUAAUAAACAACAAAGAGCAUCAUUGCCAGUACUGGAUGGUUCUUUAAAUCCUGAAGUAUUUUCCAAGCUAUAUGAAAAUGGGAGAGUACCAAUGAAUUUAAAUGUGGUUCCUUGGACUGAUGGUAACACGAACAAUUCCUCCAUUUAUGCUAACGAUAACAAUAAUAACAAUAAUAACAGUCAUAAUAACAAUAAUAAUUCAAAUGAAAUUUCAUUUGCAAAUAAUAAGAAUUUCAACACUUACGUUUCUAAUUCAAAUUCAAACUCAUCUGUUACUGGAAUUGAUGCAGGCAAUAAUUCAAGCAAUAGUAAUAUGAGGACCACCAACAAUAAUAACAGCAAUAAUUUAAAAAUGGCAAAUGAAAGAUUUGUUAACCCAUCAAUUGUUUUUGAAAAUGGCAAUAACAUACCUACACAGAUAAAUUCUAAUAAUGGGAAUAUGCCACCUCCACAACAAAACCAACAACAAUCAACUUUCAUCCCAAGCCCAUUUUUACAAUCUGUAUCAUUAGAAAGAAAUCUUUCUUCACCAACGUCAUCAUACUUAAAUACAAUCCCCAUCCAAAACUAUCAACAGAUGUAUAAUAAUAAUACCAAGAUUACGCAAAAUAAUAAUGUUACCGCACCACCUAAAAAUAAAAAUAGAAGAAAAUCUGCGAUAGUGACAAGCUCGCAAUUGAAAGGAAACUCUCAAUCACCACCUUUAUUAAACGGUCAGAAAGCCACAACUACAACAGCAAAAAGAUCUGUGUCAUAUAAUUUUAGUGAUGAGAAUAAAACAUUCAAAUGUGAAACUUGUGGCAAAGCAUUUAGGAGAAGCGAACAUUUAAAGAGACAUAUAAGGUCGGUUCAUUCGUCUGAAAGGCCAUUUGCAUGUCCUACUUGCGACAAAAAGUUUAGUAGGAGUGAUAACUUGGCACAGCAUAUAAAGACACAUAAGAAAAGAGGUGAUGUCUAG